AUGGGAGUCCCACAAAAUUGGGGCCAUUCAAAUGUUUCGUAUGACUGUCCUCAGGUCCGGCUCUGGCUAGCACUCAAGGAUCUGGAUGAUGAAAUCUAUGAGACUAGUUGGGACCUAAUAAUGGUCAACGCACUGACUGGAUACUAUGAUGAUUCUCCUGGGAGGAUGACGGCCAUUUACACGGCGGGAAUAAUGGCAAGGAACAGAAAACAGGCAGGGGAGACCGAUGUGUUUGUGCACGAUGUAAAUAGUGAAGUAGAAGACAAGUUCUCCAAGUCUUUCUCGUCUGAAGGGUACAUGAAGAAACAAGAAGGGAGACUUGGGCAUUUUAUUAUCCCUAGCCAUAGAGAUGGAUCGGAAUCAGAAUCAGACAGACCCUUUUGUCCAUAG